AUGGAUGACGGAGCGCCGCUGACGUCGCCACCUUCUACAGCGGCUUCCGCGACAAACAUCUCCAUGGCUCAAAACGUCCCCCGCGGCAACACGGCCAACAGGCUCUCCAUCUCCCCUUCCAUGGGCCGAACCCCUUCUCACAACAGCCCGCCCUCCGCAACCGCAUCUACAUCCGCUUCCAAGAUGAGCGUCGCAGGUAGCGAAAAGGGCGUAUCCCUCGAGCAGUCUGUUCGCAAGUUCCGUAUCGUCGAGGCCCUGCGAAGCGGCGACACUGCCUCCAUUUCCAAGGCCAUCAGGGAUACCGCCGAGGGCGGCCCCCGCACGAGCAUCUCCUCCAUCAACACCCUCAGCGGCACCGGUCUCGACGACACCACCGUCCUUCACCUUGCGAUCCAAUGCGCCGAGUACCCCGUUGUCGAGUACGUCCUGUCUGACGGCGCUGGAACCAUCGAUAUCAACGCGAGAGACAAGGACGGCAAUACCCCGCUACACGUAGCUGCCGUCCAGGGUCGAACCCAGGUCGUCAAGCUCUUGCUCGACCAAAAGGAGAUCAACGAUGCCGUCGCCAACUAUCAGGGCCGACUGCCCAUCGACGUCGCUCGAAACCCCGACAUUUUCCAGCUUCUCCAGCUGUCGCGCUCCAUCUUCGCCGAGAACAAGGUCAGACAGAUCCAGGGCUUGAUUGCACAGAACGACUACAAGGCCUUGGAGACUGUCUUGGAGGAGUCACGUCUCAAGCAGAUUCUCGACAUCAACAGCACCGAAUUCGUUACCGAACCAACGACCCUGCAGGCCGGCGGAAACCUUCUCCACGAAGCCGCCCGCAAGAAGAAUACCCAGCUCAUCCAGGUCCUCCUGCUCCACGGAGCCGACCCCUUCCGUCGAGACCGCAAGGGCAAGCUCCCGCAGGAUGUUACAAAGGACGAUACCACACGCGCCAUGCUUAAGCGAUCUCCCGCUGCCGUCGCGGCUCAGAGAGGCAUCCAGGAGAAAGCGGUUCUCGGCCAGGCGGCUUCACAGGGUGCCGGCGCUGCGGCCUCUGCCGAUCCUGUGGCCGGAAAGGAGGCAAGAGAGAUGAAGGGCUACCUGAAGAAGUGGACCAACUACCGCAAGGGAUACCAGCUUCGAUGGUUCGUUCUCGAGGACGGCGUUCUGAGCUACUACAAGCAUCAGGACGAUGCCGGUUCCGCUUGCCGUGGCGCCAUCAACACGCGCAUUGCCAAGCUGCACAUGAGCGCCGACGAGAAGACAAAGUUCGAAAUUAUCGGCAAGUCUUCUGUCAAGUACACCCUCAAGGCCAACCACGAGGUCGAGGCGAAGCGCUGGUUCUGGGCUCUCAACAACUCUAUUCAGUGGACAAAGGAUCAGGCAAAAGAAGAGGAGCGACAGCGCGCUCGCGGCGCCGAGCUUUUGAGACAGGCAAAGGCUGAGCAGUCUGGAAAGUCGCCAGAGCUGUCCAUCAACGAGGCUCAGAGCGAGAGCGCCAGCGUGGCCGAUGGAAGAAGCAGUGUUCAGAUCCCCAGGACUAUGUCGCACAGCAAGAUGUCCGUCCCCAAAAGCGACUUUGCUGGCGCAAGCACCGUCGCUAGCAACGACGAUGACUUCGCCGAUGCCGCGACAGAUGCAGGCCAGUCUCGUGUGACCAGAGGGCAUCACGGACCAGACGAUGACGAUGAUGAUGACGACUUUGAGGAUGUCAGUAGCCGUGAAGAGCCCUCUGUCAGCAAGGACGCUUUCAGCAUCACAGCUCAGUCAGCCAAGCUACAACUCGACACCAUUUCUGCUGUCAAUGCUGCGAUGCUCUCCGAGGCCUCUAAGAACCCGAAUACGGUCGUCUCUGACGCCAAGGUCACUCAAGCUCUUACAACCUACGACGCAGCUGUGAGGAGUCUGACGGGACUUAUCGGAGACCUGAUGCGGAUUUCUAAGGAUCGCGAUGCCUACUGGCAGUACCGGCUGGAUCGCGAAAUCGACAUGCGCCGCAUGUGGGAGGAGAGCAUGGCCAAGGUUGCCAAGGAACAAGAAAUUCUUGAGGAGCGCGUCGAUCAGGCCGAGCAGAAGCGCAAGGCGGCCAAGCGUGCGCUGCGCGAAGUUAUGAACGAGCAGCCGACGGCCGCCAGCCAGGAUCUCGAGGGUGACAGAAAGGUGGAUGGCACCGCAACUGUCGAGGCUGCUGUCGGCGCCGACGACACGAAUAUCGCAGCCCCGCCUGCGCCCGAGAGGACUUUGACAAGGAAGAAGACGGUUCUGGAUUCGCUUGAGCUGUCUGACUCUGAGUCGGACGAUGAGGAUGAGUUCUUUGACGCAGUUGAUGCUGGAGAGGUUGAGGUCAGCCACUUGCCUCAUGCUGAUGCGGUGCCUACUCCCCACGAGGAGAAGGAAGAGCAGCAACUUGUUGUCUCUGGCGGUACGGAUCUCAGCAGCUCCUUCAAGGGUUACGAAAAUGGCAUCAGAAGUCGUCUCAAGAUGGAUGCUGAUGAUCGGCCCAAGAUCUCACUUUGGGGUAUCCUGAAGUCCAUGAUUGGCAAAGACAUGACAAAGAUGACUUUGCCUGUGUCAUUCAAUGAGCCCACUUCACUGUUAUACCGCGCCGGUGAGGAUAUGGAAUACGUCGACCUUUUGGACCAAGCUGUGGAGCGAUCCGACUCUAUUGAACGUCUCAUCUAUGUGGCUGCCUUUGCCGCUAGUGAGUACGCCUCUACAGUCGGUCGUGUGGCGAAACCCUUCAACCCGCUUCUUGGAGAGACUUUUGAAUACGUCCGGCCUGACAAGAACUACCGCUUCUUUAUUGAGCAGGUUUCUCACCAUCCUCCGGUGGGUGCUGCCUGGGCUGAAUCACCCAACUGGACCUACUGGGGUGAAUCGGCUGUGAAGACCAAGUUCUACGGCAAAUCCUUUGAUGCCAACCCUCUUGGAACGUGGUUCUUGAAGCUUCGACCCAAGUCUGGAGGCAAAGAGGACCUCUACACAUGGAGAAAGGUUACGACAUCCGUCAUUGGUAUCAUCACCGGUAACCCCACCGUUGACAACUAUGGACCCAUGGAAGUUAAGAACUGGACCACUGGCGAGGUGUGCCAGAUCGAGUUCCAGCCGCGUGGCUGGAAGGCGUCUAGCGCAUACAAGAUCUCUGGCAAGGUCCUCGACUCUGAUGGAAGAGUCCGAUACAGCAUGGGUGGCCGAUGGAACUCUAAGCUUUACGCUCGUCUCACGCCUGGAUACGAAGCCACAGUCGAGGAUCCCGGUGACUCGGCUUCGCUUCACAAGGGCAGUAUCACUGACCCCAACAAGGCAUUCCUCAUCUGGCAAGCCAACCCCCGCCCGCCCGGCAUUCCCUUCAACCUCACCCCCUUCGUGCUCACCUUCAACCACAUCGACGAUAAGCUCAAGCCUUGGCUGCCACCCACAGACUCUCGUCUGCGUCCUGAUCAGCGCGCCAUGGAGGAUGGGGAGUACGACUUUGCCGCCGACGAGAAGAACCGUCUGGAGGAGGCGCAGCGGGCGAGAAGAAAGAUGCGUGAGGAGAAGGGUGUCGAGUUCCGCCCCGCAUGGUUCGAGAAGACGACGUGUGAGAUUACCGGCGAGGAUUACUGGAAGUUCAAUGGCAAGUACUGGCAGCAGAGAGAGAAGGCCGGUCCCGAGGGAAGCCCGCAGCAGGCUUGGGAGGGUCUGGAGCCCAUCUACGAGGACGUGAAAUAG